AUGGUACUCUUCGAUCUACUGGUUUACGCCCUGAAAGGAAAAGGUUACAGAAGCGGAAAGCCUUUAUUGGGAACCAAGACUCUACCUAGUCAAUCGAAAGAAGCUAACAUCUGCGGUGUAUUCAAGAAAGCAAGAAGAUCCAACCCGGAAAACUAUGGACCUAUCUCACUGACUGUGUACUGUAUAUAAUAUGUAAAAUCAUGGAACACAUUCCUCAUAGUCAUAUUAUGAAACAUCUCGAAAGGCAUGACAUCCUAGCAUACUCGCAACAUGGUUUUCUAGGUCUAGACGCUCAACGGAAACGUAUCUCGUCUAUACUUUUCAUGAUAUAGCAAGGGCCCUGGAUGCGAAUACAUCUGUAUCAUUGGUCAUUCUUGAUUUCUCUAAAACUUUUGAUAAAGUUCCACACCUGCGCCUUUUAUAGCGGAGCUCCGCGCGCGAAGCGCGCCUGCGGAGCACCAUGGGUAAAUAAAUCUACCCAUCCCAGAAAAUUUGGUAAUCACGUGACCGAGCGACCGAGCGACCGUCCGUCCGCAGCACAGGCAUACCAAUCUUUACUGUCACACUUUCUAGCUACGUUGGGAACCCAGAAGAAAGCUGAUUGCACAUCAAUGUUCUCAUCAAUUGACAGCUGUUAAAACAUAGUAUCCGCUGACCAGUGUCACCUGACCGUAUCGCGGGCUCAGGUGUCGACCCAUCAAGGUCGAGUAUUUUUUGAAGUUAUCCGCUGACAAUUUACUCGUUUUCAAAUGAUCGCAGGCUCACGUUUACUUUUUUAAAUUCAUAUCAAAUAUGUUGUGUUUAUGUCAGAAUCGUCCCGCAACAUUACGAUUUUGAUUUCAAACUGACCUCAGACGCAAAAAUUCAGCCAGUUUUUUUAAAAUACAGGCGGGGAAGACCUUUUCUUACCAUGGUCACGUGUUGGUCAUGCGCAACGUCCAAUUUUUAUGUUCUGAUUGGUUAAAAUUUGACAGGUGAGUUCAUGCGUAAAAUUUAUGCAGCAUCUUGAAAGUUGUUUACUUUGACAGCUGAAGCUGACAGAGUUGGAGUCAACUUGUGAUGUUUUUAACUGUCUUUUUCCACUGGAUGUACAAAAUGAAAUACAGCUGCUAUCAAGAGUGUUCACUUAUUCGUGGCUGAUUUGUUUAUUGGGUUUUUGGUUGAGAGAUGCGUCGCUUGUCAAAGCCGCAUCGUUUUUGUUUUUUACCUUUCUGGAUGCGUGCGAGAAUUAUAAAGGCUCAAGCGAUCCUUGCCUUACUUGAUAGCUUUCGGGAGCUGCAUCUCGAAAUAUGGUAAGCCUGAGUAAGUAUUGUAUUUAUAUCUAAUUUCAUGAAGUCCAGCGGCGCAGUUUAUGAAGCUAGUUUUAUGCACGUUUGUAUUAAGAUUUGACUGAGACACUGAUCUGACCUAGUAUGAGGUUUGAUAUAAGCUUAAGCUUACAGAACUUUAAAAAGCCUUUAGUCGAUAUUAAUUCACCGUAAAUAAAAAGAAAAGACUUUCCGAAAAAUAUUUAGUUAUAAUUUUGGCUGUAGAAAGAAAGCUUUGAGCGAUUUUCUUGUGGUGAGUUCAUCUUUGAAAACAGCUAACACCGGGAAACCGGCGGCUUAAAACAUAAACUUAAUCUUUAGUCUUACUAGGAAAGACUUGAGGAUUCUUAGAGACACUUUAAAAAAAACUCAUUUGUUUUCGUGAAUGAAAAUUGUUGUCUCUGUAAAUGUUCUACCGAAUUAUAUUUCUUUAUUGAUUGUUGGUAGUCUCGAAAGUGUAAUUUUCAUCGCUUUGCCGUUUGUUUUCAGCCGUUCAUAAACAUCGCUUGCAGGAGUACUCAAAAUGCCGAGCGUAUCAAACGCUUUUUAAGAUUACACAUCGUUAUAAAACCAUUAAUAAAAAAUAGGCUCAAUAAUUUCUUUAUCACGUUGAAGGGUAACUCCUUUAAAAUUUCUUCGCAAAUUUGGCGCUUCUCAAAAGUUAGAACCGGUAGGUCGUAUAGGUGAUUUUGGAAAUUUUUGAACGGUUUCGCUAAUUAAAAGUCCACGCGUGUUUCGAUGGUCCUGAAUAUUGAAUGAAUUCAAUUUGUCUUGUGAAAUACUGCAUUUUGUACGAGGUCUGUAUGAUAAAAGCAGCGCCUCAUAGUACUCUUUCUCCUCAGAUGUGGUGUAUAUAUAUAUAUAAAAAAAUAAAAGAUUGGUUUGGACGCACCCAGAUUUAUUAGCAAGAAUUUGUAAACUUGUCGAACGCAAAAAAUUCGGCCUGACUUGUUUUCCAAGAAUUUGUUUUCCACGCCUUAUCUACUGUAAUCAACAGCCAUUAUUGCUCUUAAAUGUGACCGAAGACUAUUUUUUGGGUGUGCACAUAAGGCUGUAUCAACUCGAUACAAGAUUUGUUUCACUCUAAAAUCACUUAGCUUUUCCCUCAAAAGUUGCAUGAAUGUGCCCUUAAGUUAACUGAUUCGUGGAAUACAAAAUUAUUGUUUCAUUUUAGUUAUAAAUUUAUCAAUGGGAGCUUCGCUUUUAGCCGUGGCUAAAUCUGUAUAUUAGUAACGGCAGUUUUAUGGUAUCCGGGGCCCUAUAUCGCUCUGGAUUAAGAGUUUCCUUACUUAGCGAUAUCAGCUUUUAGUAAGUGAUGGAAACUUCUCCACAAGGUCAAAGAUCACGUCUGCUGUUUCACAUGGCACUGUUUUGGGCCCCCUACUUUUUCUAAUGACUGACCAUCCAACCUCAACUGUAGCACCUGAUUAUUUGCUGAUGACUGUUUAUUGUACAUGUAUGUGUCGAUAGUGGAUCCUUCACUUGAUAAUAAAAGACUCCAGGAUGAUUUAUACAGACUUGAGAAAUGAGAGUCCUUGUGGCAGGUGGAAUUUAACCCCAUGA